AUGAGUGUCACUGUGUGCGCUAUCAUGAGCUCAAAGGCCGAGUCCGCCAGCGACUUUCACACGCGAGAUGUCGCUGAAAAGCUACCAGUCACUGGGCAGUCGCCCACCGAGUCCAUCGCGGUCGACAAGGAUGGCUCGGUAACGCCAGAGGAAGAGGUGGGAGACGUUGCAGUUGUACAAAUGAGCAACCUCCGCUGGUUCAAUGUAUGCGUUGGGUUGUACCUGACCGCAUUCCUCUAUGGACUGGACUCGACGAUUGCUGCUGAUGUGCAAGGGCCCAUUCUGGCUUCUCUAGGAAAUCUGAAGAUGCUGCCGUGGGUUGGUACCGGAUUUCUACUUGGCUCGGUCGCCACCAUCUCGCUGUUCGGCUCCCUCUACAACAAGGUAGAGGUUAAAUGGUUGUAUCUGGGCAGUAUCAUCGCAUUUGAGAUCGGUAGUGCAAUUUGUGGUGUGGCUCCCAAUAUGACGGCCAUGGCUGUCGGCCGAGUCGUGGCAGGAAUGGGUGGAACCGGGAUCUAUCUUGGAUGUAUGACGUAUAUCUCCAUCUUUCCGACCCCAGCCAAACGACCACUCUACACUGCCUUGAUUAGCGCAUUCUGGGGUCUUGGCGCCGUCCUUGGCCCUGUUAUCGGAGGCGGAUUUGCUCAGAGUAAGGCAACUUGGCGUUGGGCCUUUUAUAUCAACCUCGUCCUCGCCGCAAUUACCGCCCCGAUCUAUAUCUUCUGGUUCCCGCAUCACGGCGCACACCACCACGAAAAGAUCCUACCACGGAUCAAGAACCUCGACUGGCUUGGCGCGCUACUUAAUGCCGCAACAUUUGCGCUCUUCAUUACCGCUUUGGUGCCUCAAAAGCCGGUCGUUGGUUCUGUUGUUCAUAGGGACUGCCGGUACCAGCGCAGUCAACUUUUCAACAUCUACUACAUUCCUCUCUUUUUCCAAUUCACAAAGGGAGAUGGCGCUAUCGAGGUCGCGGGUCGCCUUCUGCCCUUCAUAUUCCUCUUGAUAAUUAGUGCCCUUUUAUCCGGGGCUCUUAUGCCAAAACUCAACCUUUACGCUGCUUGGUACGUCAUAUCCGGCAUACUGGCCUUGGCCGGAAGUGUACCCAUGUUCUUCAUCUCCACCGCAACGCCUGCGGGAAACAUUUAUGGAUUUGAGGUCUUGAUUGGGGCUGGAUGUGGUCUGACACUACAAGCUGCUUACUCGAUCGCUCUUGUCAAAUUUCCUGGCGACAAGGCAACAUCUGUCAUUAGCUUCAUCAACGUGGGACAACUAGGUGGUGGAGCCUUGGCGUUGGCUAUAGCAGGGACCCUCUUUCAGAACGUUGGCUUCAAUACUUUGCAAAGCGCCCUCGACGGGAGGGGAUAUUCCUCUAGCGAGAUUCGUGCAGCACUUGCCGGCGGAUACUCUACUAUCAUCAGCGAAAGCACUCCUGAAAUACGUAGUCUCACGUCGGAUGCUAUCGCCAGCACUAUCGCCACUGUCUAUGGCAUAUCAAUCUCAGGGGCUGCGGCGGAUAUGGAAGACUACAUCUUUCGCUCCAGCGCCCUGAUUCUACCCCAAUUGCCCAGCAUGGACUACUCCACGGAGAUCAUGCCCCUGCACCAGGUGCACAAGCCCCCAUUUACCGUGGAGGCGCCCGGCUAUUCUAAGGUCCCCGGGGAGACAAUACCUCGGCGGCAUGUCAAGUACAAAGAUGGUCUCGUCAACUCUCCGGCCGAUGGCGUCCACACAGUUUUCGACAUCAUUCGCCGCAGCGCACGCCUCUACCCCAACAACAACGCUGUCGGCUACCGCAAGCUCAUCAAGCUUCACAAAGAGACCAAGAAAAUCCAAAAGAACAUCGACGGCCAGAUAAAAGACGUGAGCAGAGAGUGGCAGUAUUAUGAGCUCUCUCAGUUCUCUUUCAUCACCUAUAAAGACUACGAACAGCUCAUCAUUGAACUGGGGUGCGGGCUACGCAAACUAGGCCUCAGGCCUGAUAAGAAGCUCCACCUCUUCGGCACCACCAGGUAUGCACCCCUUCCACUACCUGUUGACCGCGGUACUUACAUUCUCCUUUACGCUAGUGUGAGUUGGAUCUCCAUGUCUCACGCCUGCACCUCCCAGUCCAUCCCGAUAGUCACUGCGUACGACAGUCUCGGAGCCGAGGGCAUCAAGCACUCUCUCGAUCAGACCGAGUGUGAGGUCAUGUACAUUGACCCUCACCUGCUGUCGACUGCCACUGGAAGCCCUGUCCAAGAAUCCAAAAUCAAGACCGUCAUUGUAAACCAGGACUGCAUCUUCGGCACCGGCAACGAAAUCGACGAGUUCAAGAAGAACCAUCCCGAGAUCAAGGUCAUCACUUACCAGGAGUUGCUUAAACUCGGCCAGGAGAACCCUGUUGAGCUGGUUCCCGCCAAGGGCCCUGACUUGUAUUGUAUUAUGUACACUUCUGGCACAAGCGGUGUACCUAAAGGCGCUUGCAUCACCCACCAGUCACUGACUGCUGCAGUUGCCGGCCUUUACUCUUGCGUCGACGACUGUGUCAGCGACAAGGAGUGCGUGCUCGCCUACCUACCACUGGCUCAUAUUCUCGAAAUGGCCCUCGAGAAUCUUGUCUUCUUUAUCGGCGGAACUCUCGGGUACGGGAGUCCCAAGACACUAUCCGAUAUGUCAGUCAAGAACUGCGCUGGGGAUAUGCGAGAGCUGAAGCCCACUGUCAUGGUAGGCGUCCCUCAGAUCUGGGAGACGGUGAGGAAGGGUGUUUUAGCUAAGCUUGAGACCUCGAGUCCGAUCCGGCGAGCCUUGUUCUGGGGUGCUGUUGGUUACAAGGGCUUUAUGUCUCGGAACAGGCUCCCUGGAGCGUCUAUUUUUGACGGGAUCGUCUUCAGCAAGGUUCGCGAACUUGUAGGUGGCCGGCUCCGGUUCACCAUGAACGGCGCAAGCGGCAUCUCGGACGAAACAAAACAGUUUGUGUCCCUGGUCCUCGCCCCCAUGCUCGCGGGUUAUGGUCUCACCGAGACCUGCGCCACUGGAUCCCUUGGGUGCCCGCUUGAGUAUUCGCCGAAUUCCAUCGGACCUAUACCUGGCUCCUUGGAUGCGAAACUAGUGUCCCUCCCUGAGCUAGGCUAUUCCGCCGAUGCGGAUAUACCUCAGGGAGAGAUCUGGUUCAAGGGUAUGCCUAUCAUGACAGAAUACUUUAAGAACCCGGAAGAAACGAGCAAGGCGUUUACGGCCGAUGGCUGGUUCAAGACUGGCGACAUCGGGGAGUUCGAUGCCAAUGGCCACCUGCGAGUUAUAGAUCGUCUCAAGAAUCUCGUGAAGAUGCAAGGUGGUGAAUACAUUGCCCUGGAGAAGGUUGAGGCGGUCUACCGAGGCAGUCAGGUCGUAGCGAACGUCAUGGUCCAGGCCGAGGCCGAAUACUCGCGUCCGAUUGCCGUCAUCAUGCCCAACGAGAAAGCGCUCGCCGAGAGGGCCAAAGAGGUAGGUGUUGACGAGCAUAGCAUGCAUAGCGAUCGCAAGGUCCGUAAUCUAGUUCUCAAGGAUCUUCAGGCGACUGGCAGGCGCGCUGGUCUAUCUGAAAUCGAAAUUGUGUCUGGUGUCGUAAUCACGGACGAGGAAUGGACGCCCCCAGGGCUUGUCACGGCCACCCAAAAGCUCAACCGGAGGAUGAUCCGCGAGAGGUUUAAGAAGGAGAUUUCCGAGUGCUUUAAGGGCUCCGCUUGA